CUCUUGCCGCACUAAAAAUUGCGAGUUCAGAUUCUUGUUUGCGCUGCCGGCAGCUAUUUUAACUGUUUAUUGGAAAAGAUUUCGUUCCAUAAUGUUUGAGCGAUAUUUGACCGCGUUGCAGUACAUUGGAAAUCAACCUGUGAAUAUUAAUGAUCGUAAAGAAUUUCGUUCCUUAAUCGUGUGGCUGGAAGAUCAAAAGAUACGCCAUUAUAGCAUCGAGGAUCGCGAAAAUUUGAAGCGGGUUGACGCGUUGGACAAUUGGGAGGCUGCCUAUGAAAAGUACAAGCACGACGUUGGACUACCGCCCGAACUGGAAACCCGUCAGGAGCAACUGACUUGGCUGCUUCUACACGCGGUCCGAUUGGAAUAUUCCGACAACGUUGAUACCUACCGCCCCUUGAACGGUGCCAAAAAGAUCGAGGAGGACAAGAAAUCCGUCGUACCGGAGGUGAAAUCGACUAACCCCUUCGACAGUCUGGACUUCACGAACGCACAGUUCGAAGAGGGUGCUCGCAGGUUGGCUGACCGGCUCGGCAUCAGCUAUCAUCCGGAUCACUUGGUUUCGCUGCGAGCAGCCGGGAAGGUGAUUCACGAUUGUCUGAACAAAGAAACGCUCAAGGAAACGCCCAUUACUGGGCAACCGCUUGCCAUUGGUGAAGGGACCGGUAGGAAACAGCUGAAUGGAAACUCGCAGAAGAAAGGGGAGGAAGACCUGGAAAAGGCUGCCCACAUCUUGCGACUGUUGCAGAUACAAAAUAUGCGUACCAUACAAACCACCAUCAACGAGACCAUUGUGUCCGUGCAGAACAUUACCGCCGACCCGAAGACAGACACCGCGUUGGGAAAAGUUGGUGUUUAAAGAUCAAUCUUGUGAUACGUACAACUGCGUACAUACUUAAACUAUGUUAUAAUUAAUAAACCGCAAUGAAUAAUCGUUUCUAUUUAACU